UUGGCGCGUUAACACACACAAUUACCAGUUGGACAGACAUGAUGUGCAAGAUGCUUAUGUUGUUUUCUAUCCUUCUCCUCAGGAUUGAUAUCAGUUAUGGGGCAUGGAGAUACAGUAAUAAUAUGAACGAUGAAGAAUUUUUCACCAUAGCAGAUAGAGUAUUCCUCAGGUAUACUGAAAAUGACUUUGUUGAGUGGUUGUUCCCUGAGAGCUGUACUUUGAACAACAAAAGCUCCCCAAUGGCAAUCAUGACAUGCACGACCGAUGGUUUGAAAAGGGUAAAGCCAGUGGUGACUGGGGAGGAGGAGGACGCCAGAUUUCUCUACAUCAAAGAUUCCGUCUUCAGUUUUGCUUGGUAUGCUAUAAUGCCUAUACAAAGAAAUUCAACAGGCACAUUCCUCAAGACAGUGAGAAUGUGGAUCUUUGCACCGGAGCAAGCAGCCGCAUCUGAAAUCGACAACAAAGCACUUAAACCUACAACGCUAUCUCAAUACUUGACCAAGCAGUUCUUCAACCUGGGCCAGUACCCAGAGAUCAAACUGGCAUCAAAGGAAACUAUCCAGGGAUAUUUCCACAAGGAUGGAUACUGGGAAGCGGUUGUCCCUGGCAACAAGAAAUACUACAGCUUCUACAUAAACGCUCAGCCAAUUAACUUCCAGCAUCGCUUCAUCAUAUCUAGCCAGUAUACCUUUUAUUGGUUAGAAGAGGAGAGGCCCUACAGUGGACAAGAAGUGUCCUUACGGCUGUCCCCAGGCAGCCAAAUAACUGUGUUGAGGGGCACUUGUAAGUCAUAUCGUAGCAUUCUCCUGUCAGAACUUGGCUGCUACUUCACGCAGGAUGGCUUCAAAAGUUAUGAGGAACUGAAGGCGGAGCCAGGUUUGGUGCCUGUGCCGCCCGAGGGCUACUUCACUGUGGACGAAAGUGCCCUGCUAGAGGACGGCAUCCUCUUCCUUAUAAACGGCACCCUCUACUGGUGGGACCUCCAUCAGCGUACAUUGACCUCACACCCCAACUUGCGCCUCGAUUCUGUGAAAGGGAUGUACCAGAGGACCAGUUGUGUAAACUACUACCCCUUGCAGGCCAGUUACUUGCCAAAGGAGGGCUGACAGAUGUCUGACUUUCCUAUAAAGGUAAUCUCUGAGUGUGCAAGAAUUGAAGUUAUCAUACUUCUGUGUGUGU